GGCAGCUCCUCCCUCUCCAUGGCCCAUGGGUCCUCAAACAUCGCCAUCACGGCGGCACCACAAUCAACUGCCCCGCCAGCCAACUGCCUCCAUAUAAACCCUUUCGCUUCACUUCCCUGCAGUCUCCGUCCGCCAGCGCCAGUGGCCACCACCACUACCACGACCCCGCGCCUUCCCCACGCCCGGCCACGCAUCUGCCGGAGCGGGCGGGGUCCUCGGACGCAAUGGACCUCGACGCCGACAUGAUCCCCACCUCCCCCUCCGCCGACUCCUCGCCCUCCUCCUCCGACCUCGACACGGAGUCGACGGGGUCCUUCUUCCCGGACCGGAGCACGACGCUGGGGACGCUGAUGGGCGUGUCGGCGUUCGGCGGCGCGCAGGCGCAGCAGCGCCGCGCGGCGAGGGCGCCGGCUGCGGGCGAGGAGGGCGCGGGAGGGGCGCAGCGCGCGCCGCGCGAGGAGGAGGAGAGGCGCCGCGGCGGGGUGUGGCGGAGGAGGAGGCGACGCUGGCGCCGGCGCGGCCGCAGCCUAGGCGGCAGCUGGUGGCGGCUGUGCCGGGACCACGGCGACGGCGGGCCGCCGACGUCGCUGGGCGAGUUCCUGGACAUGGAGCGGCAGCUCGCGGGGGCCGACUUCCUCUGCGACGGCGCCGGCGCCUCGGGGCGGGAGGCGGCGUCCGUGGCGGCGGCCACCGCGCUGUUCGAGGACGGCAGGGUGCGGCCCCCGCAGCCGGCGGCGGCCGCCGCGGCGGAGGAGCGCGGGAGGUGGCGGCUGCUGCGGGCGUCCGAAUGCUCGUCGUCGCUGGCGCGGCUGCCGGUGCUGCUCACCGGCAUCUGCAGCGGCGGCGCGGGGUAACAACCAGACCAAAACCAGUGGCGCUCGCCAUUCGCCAAAUUGCAAUUAAGUGGCUUCGGAGGGGUGUUCAUGCCACAGUGGAGCUGACGCUUACGCUAUCCUUUAAUCAACUAAUCAAGCCUCUUUGUGCCCCCUCCUUUUACCUUUUUUUUAAGUGUCGCCAUUAAUUAAUUAUUGCACUUCGGUCCUUUUAAUCAUGAUGCUCAUUUGAUGGCG